CCCAGCAACGAGUUUGGACCCAUCGAGCAGGUGCCCGUACUGUCUACCUUUGCUAGCCGUAUGUGUUUGCAUCACGCAGGGGUCCACAAGCCGCCCAUGGCUGGGAUCGCGGGAACCAAGUCGAAGGGUUGCACGAGCAUCGUGAUGUCGGGAGGGUAUGAGGACGACCUGGACGGAGGCGACCACUUGACGUACACCGGCGCAGGAGGACGCACCACCGAGAACGGUCAAGAUAUACUUCAUACUCGGGACCAGAGCUGGGAGUAUAAAUCAAAUGCGGCUUUAAAGAAGUCGGCGGAGACGAAGAAACCCGUCCGUGCCGUUCGAGGCUUCAAGUCCAACUCCAAGUAUGCGCCGGCCGCAGGGUAUCGUUACGACGGCCUGUACACGGUCGAGGAGACAUGGAUGGAACCCGGUCGAAGCGGCUUCCAGGUGUGCCGGUGCAGGCUCGAGCGCCUUCCCGAUCAGCCUCCCAUCCCGCGUCGCGGUGAGGGUCCAUUCCCGUUUGAUCAUUCCCGCUGGCCAACACCGAUCAAAUUCCCGUGGAUCAACGUCCCCAGCGACCUCCCGCGACCGACCUCCGAACGCCCUGCGCCCAACAAUCCCUCACGGCCGAAGUCCAGAGGCUCGCGAACCCGAGUCAACCUCAACGUCGAUAUCAACGCACAGCCUGCCAGCGGGAACGCCGCGGGUCCGUCAGGAAGUGUCCACGCUGGGCCUUCGAACACCGCGCGCGCGGACCCGCAACCAGAGCGUCCUCCUGCUACGCGGACGGCCGUGCCGCCACCUACAACCCAGGUGAACCGCCUCAGCCGGCAUGUAGAGACUUCGCGAGUGCAGUUACCCACGGACGCGCCCGAGGUCGACGUGAUGGCGGUGUGGGCAGAGAUGCAGGGG